AUGGAAGAGCGAUCCAGGCGAUAUCUGCCUUCAUUUUGGCAUGAUGAUUUGGCUAUGCAAGGAUAUAUGAGUGUGAUUAAGGCUCGAGCUAUAAAUCCGAUCGACCACGAUCGAAAGAUAAAGUUUUGGACCGACCUGAUAUCAUCAUCCUGCGAGGUUGAAGGGAAUGCCAUUAUAAGUGUAGAUUCCUUGAAGAAACGAUUUCGACGAGGCGAUCAGGUGCCGUCGAGUCUCAAUGUGGUGGUGGAACAUCUGAGCAAAUAUGGUGUAUUGAUGCCUCUAUCUAAAUGGCAAGAGCAGCAUACCUCAUGGAUGGGUUGGGGUUUUUCACAGUUGAGUAAGACGUCCGGAUGGCUCUUUGGAACUGCGAAGUCUGCCACAUCCGAACGCUUUAUUCAUCUGCCAACGAUCAAGGUGCAAGCAGACAAACUUAUGAAUUUGUACAGUAACGAGUUCCAGUCUGAAAUCGAUGGAACGGGUAGUAUCGUAGCUUACUCCACCUUCUAUGACAGAGCUGCUAAUAUUGUCCGUACAAAGGAGAAUUUCGACAUUGUUCUGGCUCAUCUCUCUGAUCGAGGUGACGUUACUGUUGGACAGGGACGUAACGGCGAGCAGAUUUUGAAGUUUAGGGACACAACGAGCGAGGAGCCAGUUCGAUUCACUGAAGCCGAUGCGAGCGUACAUGACAUUCGGAAAGCCAUGUCAAAAAUCGAAAAUGAAAUAGGUGUUUUGGAGCGAAAAGUUGAAAAACUGGAUGGCGACUGUCGGGCUGCUUUGCGAAAUAGGGAUAAGAUGAGAGCAGCGAAUCUUCUCCGUCAAAAGAAACGAUUCCAAAAAGAUAUUUCCGAUAAAGAUGUUCAGUACCAGCGGUUGUUGACCAUGUUGCAACAGCUAAGUGCUACGAAGCACAACAAAGAGAUCAUAGACGCGUAUAAAGCAGGAACAGCAGCUUUCAAAGCCAAUCUGGCUCGACAUGGAAUGACAGCCGAAAAAAUUGAUGAAACUAUGGAUGAGGUUGCUAGCGCGAUAGACGAUUAUCGCGAA